GGGAGAUAACAAGAGACUGAGAAAGCAGAAACCAAAAAGUGAGGACAACAAAAGCAAAAGAUCAAUAAAGCUCCAUAUGAUCAGCACAUGGGUAUGCCGUAACUCUGCAUCCGCUCAUUAUUAUGGCACACGGAAGACAUUAAACCAAGAAGACUGGAGUAGAGUUAAGGAGAGAGACAGACAGAGAGGGAGGGAGAAGCCAAAGGAGAGUUAUGGAAAGCAAACAAGGAGGAGAAUGUGAGUUAGUGAGCAGGGAGAGAGAGGGGAAGUCCAAAUAAAACGUUUGGAGGAGAGAGCAACUACAUGUUGUAGAGGAGGGUGUGCACUUAGCCAUGGAGGGGGACAAAAUUGCAGCACUUAAGAGGUCAUUUGAAGUGGAGGAGGAUGCAUCCACAAACGCUUCUCCUCUCUCCCGCAGAACAACCAACCCUCUGCGCUCCUCCACCUCUUCAACAAGCAGCCGCUUUCAUGACGUGAGCUCACGCAACUCUGAUUCCACCUCCAGGCAUGCUUCGGAGUCCUCCUCCAAUCAGCGCUCUCCAAAGUCCAGCCUGCGUCGCAUGGAGUUACCAGGGGGCCGAGUCUCAGAGACUGUAUCACGCAGGACAGAGAUCUCUAUUGACAUCUCGUCUAAGCAGGUGGACAGCUCGCCCAGUUCUGGUAUCACCCGCUUUGGAUUAAAGAGACCUGAGGUCUCACUUCAAAGCAAAGCCACAGAUGCACCGGUUCACAGAAGGGCUGAGGGUACUCACAGCAGACCCCAGGAACCUCCAACACCCCCCAGGAGAUCCGACCCACCAGUACCUUCAUCCCGUAUCCCUGAGCUGUCCCAGAGAAAAGUGGAGCCACCCAGUCCUCUUGAGAUCUCCGUUCCAUCACGACGGCCUGAGAUGCAUAUUAACAGACAGCUGGACACACCUUCUACUGUCAGGGAGUCAGAGAAUAGCUUCACCUCAGCAGCCAGCAUCACUCCUACCUUCACUGAAUACAAAACCCCUCCGUCAGUGAAUGAAAUCCUCAUGAGACCACCAGAGAGGUCAGAGGUCAUUUCAAGCUACAGCAGCAGUAGCAUCAUGACAGAGUCUGUUAUAUCAGAGAUGCCCCCAGCCAUGUGUCUGGAGAAGCCCAGCAUGGACUCCAGCUACGUGGGCAUCGAUGCCAUCCUGGAGCAGAUGAGGAGGAAGGCUAUGAAACAGGGCUUUGAGCUCAACAUCAUGGUUGUGGGACAGAGUGGAUUGGGAAAGUCCACAUUGAUGAACACGCUUUUCAAGUCAAAGGUGAGCCGCAAAUCUGUCCUGGGUACUGCUGAGGAAAAGAUCCCCAAAACCAUCGAGAUCAAGUCCAUCAGCCAUGACAUCGAGGAGAAAGGAGUUCGAAUGAAGCUGACAGUCAUAGACACACCAGGAUUUGGGGACCAGAUCAACAACGAGAACUGUUGGCAGCCUAUAAUGAAGUUCAUCAAUGACCAGUAUGAGCAAUACUUGCAGGAAGAGAUCAAUAUUGACAGGAAGAAGAGGAUUCCAGACUCACGCGUGCACUGCUGCAUAUACUUUAUCCCACCCACAGGACACUGUCUUAGGCCUUUGGAUGUGGAGUUUAUGAGACGUCUCAGCAAGGUGGUGAACAUUGUUCCUGUCAUUGCCAAAGCUGAUACCCUAACUCUGGAGGAGAGAGAUUUCUUCAAGAAGAAGAUUAGGGAAGAGCUUCGAGCCAAUGGCAUAGACGUCUAUCCACAGAAAGAGUUUGAUGAGGACACAGAAGACAGAAUGAUAAAUGAUAAAAUAAGGGAGAUGAUUCCUUUUGCUGUAGUAGGAAGUGACCAAGAGUACCAGGUCAAUGGAAGGAGACUUUUGGGAAGGAAAACAAAAUGGGGAACCAUUGAAGUUGAGAAUAUUGCCCACUGUGAGUUUGCUUACCUGCGGGACCUCCUCAUAAGAACCCAUAUGCAAAACAUUAAAGACAUCACCAGCAGUAUCCACUAUGAGAUGUACCGUGUCCGUCGGCUCAAUGAGAACAACACUCAGGCCAAUGGCCUCGGCAAGCACCACCCGGCCUCCCAUGAAAUCUAGUGGCCGCACCCAAACCCCUGAUCCUUCCUCCUCUCCAAUCCUCAAACCUGCAUUCACCUUACACUCUGUUCCACCCCCUUCAUUCAGCUAUGGACUGAAAGGAGGUUCAUCAAAAAGAAGCACAUAAUGAUUUUUCCUCCCAGAAACUCCAUGACAGUGCCCUUAAUCUUUCAGUCCUCUGCACUUGCACCCAAGACCCAGGGACAGAAAGCUCUAGCUCACAAAUAACAUUGCCUUUGGCUGUUAAAGAGCUUCUCCAUAUUCUGCAUGUGUUUGACUCCCUCUGCUGAUGCUUCAGGUGUGUGUGUGUGUGUGUGUGUGUGUGUGUGUGUGUGUGUGCGUGCAUGCAUGCUGGGGUUAAAUAGGAGGAAGGUAAAGAUUGGUCAAGCUGUGGAAAAGCUCUUUAUAUGUAAGAUUAUGCCUGUUUGCCCCUUUUAUUUUUCAUCUCUGCUGGAAAAAAAAAACUUAAACCAACCUAUAUUGUAUUGACGGUCUUAGCUGGUUUAAGGUGGUCUAGCUGCUUUCCCAGCCUGUCCAAGAUAUGGUCUUCAGCUGGUUUAGUGUCUCAGCCAGACCAGCUUACAAGCCCUCUUUGAAAACCAGUCUAAGACUUGAAAACCAUGUUAUGCUGGUUUAAUCUGUUUUUAGCAUGGAUUUUUACUGGAGUUUUCACAGAAUCACUCUUUUUAUGUGCUUUGUCAACCGCUCUCAACCGCUCUCUUAAUAUUUAUGCUUAGUUUUGAGCAAGCUCAUGUGGUACCUGUAUGUGGCCUCAUAAUUUCCAUUCUGCAUUAUAAACAAUGUUCCAUUAGUUCCAGCUGUCUCUUUUUAGUACAGAUGGAGUUGUGUGUGGAGGCUACAGGUUAUCUGGUAUCUUUGCUUAUAAAAUGAAUGCUAAAAUGCUAACACCACUUCAUAGAAACCUGAUGUGCCAUUGGUCUUGCUUUCUGUUUUUUUGUGUUCACAUGUGUGCAAACAAUUACAGGACAACUGCCUCAUUGAAACCCUGGUGCCUUAUGAAAACCACAAUGAGGGAAAUAAAAGUCUAAGGAUUUGUAUUUUAAAGAUUACAAAUUGAAUAGUGUACAUGAGAUUAAAUAAGAUCAUGGUAAUGAUAAUUUACACCCUUGUGUCUCCAUGUUCACACUAUGAUACGCUCUAAUGGGAAUAGAUCUGUAACUUGACCAGUUGCUACCAGCGAUUUUAUUUAGUACAGAAUUUGAUCUGGCCUAUAGUUGGAACACUCAAUGCCAUCUGUCUGUCUUAAAAUAAUCAUAGGUAAUUUGUGUGUACACCAAGUACACCGUUUUCACCUCGCCUCGUUCUUGUCCACUCAUGCUGAAUAUGUUGGAAUUUACACUAUCUAGGCCCCUUUGGUCAUUUUAUAUGCCUUGGUUUCUCUUGGCUCAGAGGUAAAGGCCUAAAGUAAAAAAAGCUUGUAAGCAGUGCCAUCAUGUGUGCUUGUACUUUUAAAUAUGCCUGCCAUGUGUGAUGAGGAGUCACUAUAAACAAUGGUGAAAUUCAAAGUCAUCAGGCUUUGUUGUUGUCUGCAAAACCCUUUAUAAAUGCUCAUUGUUGGGGAAAUAUAUUUUUGUCCUGUGCUGUAUAUUCAUAGUGUUUAAAUUUUUGUAUUGAUAUUCAGAGUAACACAAAUAACUUUGAUAUCCUGUUAUUUUAAAAAAAAAA